CUCUAUACCGCACCAAAGCCAAUCCCAAACCGCUUGAGCAAGUAAUCGAGCAGGGUUUUUUUUAAAAAAAAACGCUUAUUUUAAGCUUUGUUAUAGAGACCGACAGAAAAGAAGACUUAUAGAAGAUUUUAGAUUCUUCUUUCUUACACUUUACUUUCUGUUUCGCAUUGAUUUUCUCUGGAAACAUACAAAUUUCAUUCCUCCAUUCUUUUUUUCCAGAUCCAAAUUGCAAUAUAAAUCUCGUAGUUUUUAAGAUAUUGGAAAAAGAUGGAGGCAUCGUCGACGAGUCAACCUGAGUUUGACUGUUUGUUUAAGUUGUUACUGAUAGGGGAUUCGGGUGUGGGGAAGAGCACUCUGCUCUUGAGUUUUACUUCAGAUACCUUUGAGGAACUCAAUCCUACCAUUGGUGUGGAUUUUAAGGUGAAGCACGUUACCAUUGGAGGGAAAAAGCUGAAGCUUGCCAUCUGGGACACUGCUGGACAGGAAAGAUUUAGAACGCUAACAAGUUCAUAUUAUAGAGGAGCACAAGGGAUAAUUAUGGUUUACGAUGUAACUCGGCGAGACACAUUUACAGAUUUAUCUGACAUAUGGGCUAAAGAAAUCGAUCUGUACUCAACCAAUCAGGACUGCAUCAAGAUGCUUGUUGGCAAUAAAGUUGAUAAGGAAAGUGAAAGAGUGGUCAGCAAAAAAGAGGGCAUCGACUUCGCUCGGGAAUACGGAUGCCUUUUCAUUGAGUGCAGCGCAAAAACACGAGUCAAUGUGGAACAAUGCUUCGAGGAGCUUGUCUUAAAGAUAUUGGAAACCCCAAGUCUCGUGGCUGAGGGAUCAUCAGGAGUGAAAAAGAACAUCUUCAAACAGAAUCCGCCUCAAAGCGGUGCUGCAACCAGCGGUUGUUGCUCGUGCUUUACACCUGUUUAUUUUAGCUUGCUCAUGUGGGUGUCUUACAAUGACAUAAACCAUCGACUACCGAAUAACAAAAGAGGAAGAAAUCUGACGGACCCAUUCGUGGCCGCCUCCUCCUUUUCCCCGCCGCGCGGGGAUGCCGAUGUUGAGGCUCUUCGCUCUCCUGCAUUGGCUGACCCACCGCAACUCCCACCUCUGCAACCACCUCAGUCAGACGCUAUGAUAUCAUCUAGGGACCCGCACGCGCUCUUCAGUGGCGGCGGCAUAAGCUUUCUCACUGGAAGUCGAGCUGCUAAAUUCAGCUAUGGAUAUUCCAGUUUCAAGGGCAAAAGACCUUCAAUGGAGGAUUUCUAUGAAACGAGGAUAUCUGAAGUUGAUGGUCAGAUGGUUGCCUUUUUUGGUGUUUUCGAUGGUCACGGAGGUUCAAGAACUGCAGAGUAUCUUAAAAACAACCUCUUCAAGAAUUUGAGCACCCACCCUGAUUUUAUCAAGGACACAAAAACAGCUAUAGUUGAAACAUUUAAACAAACUGAUGCCGAUUACCUCAAUGAAGAGAAAGGCCAGCAAAAGGAUGCUGGCUCAACUGCUUCAACUGCUGUAUUAUUGGGUGACCGGCUGCUUGUUGCAAAUGUUGGUGAUUCUAGGGUGGUUGCUUCUAGAGCUGGAUUAGCCGUCCCUCUGUCAAUUGAUCACAAGCCUGAUAGAUCCGAUGAACGCCUAAGGAUUGAAGAUGCUGGAGGUUUCAUCAUUUGGGCUGGGACAUGGCGGGUUGGUGGUGUUCUCGCUGUUUCACGUGCAUUUGGUGAUAAACUACUUAAACCAUAUGUAGUUGCUGAGCCAGAAAUUCAGGAGGAAGAAAUUGACGGUGUUGAUUUCAUAAUCAUUGCCAGUGAUGGGCUUUGGAAUGUCUUAUCGAAUGAGGAUGCUGUGGCCUUAGUGCAGCAAGUAACUGAUGCAGAAGCUGCAGCAAGAAAACUUAUAAAAGAGGCAUAUGCACGAGGGAGCUCAGACAACAUUACCUGCAUCGUUGUCCGGUUUGACAGCUCGUGAACUUGUUUGAGGUACUGGGGACACUAUUUAGCAAAAGGCAGGAAUAGGAUUAUGAUUAUAAAUGGAUGCAAGUUAUAAGCUCACUUUGGCCUGAUUCGUUACUGCAAGAGGUAGUCAUUUCAACUGGUUACAAGUGAGAAUGUUGUAUGUGUUUUAAGAUUUAGUUAUUUCUCAUAAGAAAAAUUAUCUUACACCAUUGAUGGAAUUUUUGGAUUCCGAAGGGGAUAGUAAUUGAAAAAUUCUUAAUGUUAAAAGAUUACAUUGUUAAUGUAUCAAAGAUGAAGUCUUGUUAUUGAUCUUGCUUGAGGCAUUGGGAUGUUCUGAUAUUUGAUUAUACAAACCCUAGGUAAUCAAUCUGUUUGUCGGUUUUAUACAAA